AUGUUUGCUAAACUUGAUGAUCCGAGUGCUCAACGUUGGACGGAUCAUUUUGUUUUGGAAACGAUGUGCAUGAAAAACGCGAAUCCGUUGUAUUAUUCCAAAUCCUCGAUGCUGGCUCCACCUUCCGCACUUGCGCAGUAUUUAAAGCAGUCCGCAGCUCUGCUGUCAGCACUUGAAACCUUAGCAAUGCUUUCAGAUUUACUUUCUGUCUUACUCUGUGUAACCUCUUUGGCUCUGGUUGCCUCACAGUCUCCACAACCAGGUAGGGUGAACUUUACAUUUCCUAACCACCAUUAUCCUUGCAAAUUCCUUUCAGGAGCAGGGCAAUGUCCAGGAGGCCCAUCAUUAAAUAUUCAAUGUGAUCCUAAGCGCCCAUGGCCUCAAUGUCCUCCCCAGUCCUACUGCUAUGCUACUAGUUCCGUGGAUGUUGGACCGUACUAUUGCUGCCCCAUCUGGUCAACCUAUGGUGCUUCAUAUAGGCCUUCUGCGCCUUUUUACGACUAUGUUCCACCAAUGCCACAGGAUUGGCCAGCUAAUAUAAGGGCUACCGCCAAUUGGCCUACUUCUGUAAUUAGCCGAAUCGCGAUGUCAAAAUUGAAGAUUCCUUAUAAAAAUGAGGAAGAAGACGAGGGAUUAUCAUACGAGCUAAGCAACAAACAAUUUCAGCGUUAA